AUGACGGAGCACAACGGCAUCGACAUCCUCUGCGAUGCGGCAGGGUCGGAUCUUCUGCUGAGCUCGUUCCUCACCCCGUCCUCGCCCGCCCCGGAACCCCAGCAGCGCACCAAGCGCAUCAAGGUCGCCGACGAAGACGGUGCCUCGCCCACGUCGCCGCACACGAGAAUGCCCGCCCUUACAAAUGUUCCCGGUGCCCCAAACGAUUUAAUCGAGCGUGGCGAUUUGUUGACGCGGCACGAAACAACCCACGAUAGGGAUGACGGAGGGAAAGGCAGGCCUAUAAUCCGCCGGAGUGAUCGCGCUUCUGAGGCUUGUGUCAACUGUGCCGCCUCAAAGGCCAAGUGCGACGACCAAAAACCAUGUGGCCGAUGCAAAACCAAGAAUUUGCCGUGCCAAACUGCCGCCAAGCGCGGCUCUAUUUACGGCAUUUCAGAUUCCCAGUCCAGUGAGACAUCUGUCGGUAGCCCGGGCGUCAGGAACACCCCGGCCGUGGUAGCUGAUGCUCAGGCUGCGAUGCCUCUACCGAUGGAACGUCGAGUACAAUUCCCUGCAGACCAAGAGAUUGACGUGCAAACCGUCAUGGCUCCCACGCCCUAUUCCACAGAUUUUGUCCCUCAUCCCCUGGCGACGGAUGACAUGUUCUUCUUCAACCCGACUCACAAUUUCUAUCAAGACAUGGACUUUAGUUCAUGGGACAUGAAUUUUGACAGCUACACAAUCCCGCAAGUCGACAUUACAGGACCGAGCCCCCAGUCAUCCACAGCGUCUACCUCCAAAGGCCCUCCCCGUGAUCCUACACGUGGCUAUGCGGCAUUCAAACGGUCGCCGUGGCUCUGGGAGCCAAAAAGUAAAGACUCGCUGGGCAAUGAGCAAGAGGGAUUGGCCUUUAAUGAGAAAUCCAUCGCUCACUCUCCGGCAUAUGAACGGAUUCUAGCAUCAAAAUCAUCUCGCUGGAAGAUGGAGCCGGCAAUAAGGGACAAGUUGUUCGCUCUCGUCUUGUCGCAGCACAAACAUCCGACCAAGAUCCCGUCGUUCCCUAGCCUGGAGCUGCUCAAUUAUCUCUUGCAGGCCCACUUUAUCCAAGACGAAUACCAAACGGACAGCUGGAUACACUCGGUUUCGUUCGACCCGUCUUCAGCCAUCCCCGAGCUCCUCGGGGCACUGAUCGCAAGCGGCGCCACCUUCAUAGCUGAUCCUGCUAUUUGGCGCUUUGGACUUUCCUUGCAGGAAGUUGUCCGCAUGGGAAUCUCUGCAACUUUUGAAAGCAACAACAGCAUGACUAGAGACCUCCAAUGCCUCCAAACCUUUACAUUGGAACUAGAUAUAGGUCUAUGGAGCGGUUUUAAGCGAAAGAUAGAAAUGGCGGAGAGUUUCCUCUUGCCCCCUCUGACUAUGCUGCGGCGCGCUGGAACGUUUUCUGCGGGCUCAGACUCGCCGGGGCCGAUACCCCUGGCAUCAGAUUCUCCCCAAGAGCUAGAAGCAAAGUGGCGCAGUUUCAUAGAACGGGAGUCCUAUAAAAGGCUUCUUCUGCAUAUAUUCUUCCGCGAUGCUCAGGCAUCGAUCAUGUUGCAGCACGGCACGUUGCUGUCGUAUACUGAAUUGUGUUUCAGUCUCCCGGCCGCCCGGGAUCUUUGGCGAGCACCAACAGCCGAAGCAUGGAGAGAAAUCUAUCUCCGCAAGAAGCCGCUGCCGUCCGACGUGACGCUCCCGCGAGUAGCGGACAUUAUGCAUUCCAUCACUAUGCUGGACCUGUUUGAAGAAUUUGUUGAUGUGGAGCUCUGCUAUGGUGCUGUCCUCUACGGAUUCUGGGGCCAGAUCCAUGCAUAUAGAGAAGCUGUCAAGUUCUACGACCAUCAAUCAGCAACGUCUACCCGUCGCACGUCGAGGGUGACACAUCGUCUCUGGCUGACUUCACAACAUCAGGAACUUUACCGGGACGUAUCAGAAUUCGCCAUGCUCAUUGGCAGCUCACCAAAGCUUGCCACCCAGCUGUCUGUAGUUGCCGAGCUUUUCAUGAUGAUGCUGCAUGUGUCGCCCGAUGAGCUCCAACGAUUUGCUGGAAAACAGGGAGAAGAUGAAGCACGGCAGGCGGCAAGCCAUCUCGAAGACCAUUGGGAAGGGAGCCGUGAUGCGCGGCAUGCCAUAUGGCAUGCAGGCCAGGUCAUUCGCCACGCACGGACAUUACCACCUGCUUCAUUACGAGCCUUUAACGCCAUAGCUGUCUACUAUGCAUCUCUCACACUCUGGAUUUACGGACUGCUCUCAUGUUCCCAUUCUACAGCCACAAAGAACACUGCAGAGAUGCCCGCUCCGCCAACUUACGUGCUGGUGGACGGCAACGAGAGCAGAGAAACGAGAGCAUUUCUGCAGCUUGACAAGGGCACACCGGGCAUUAGUAUGAACGGCGAUGUCCAUUCGGGCGUCGAAUCCUUGUCAAACACGGGAAUGGUGCUGAACAUUGCGAGAAAUGUCUUCAGGGACAACUUCCCUGUGCGGACAGAGCCACUACCACCUCUGGUGGAAAGCCUUGGAAACCUUUUGAGGGAUCUUGGAACUGGGCUGGCUGGGUUAGCAUCAAGAGUGCAGAGUCGAGCAGUUAGUGAGGACAGAGAUUAA